CAAUAGUCACCUGCGACUUUGAAUGCCAAAGGUCCAGGUUUCAGUUUCGGCCUCAGGAGUCAGAGGUGCCAUUACAUGAAAGUCUUUUCUCUUUAGAAAGAACUUGCUGCGCUUGGAAACAUCAGUGAACGCCUUGGUCCAAGGCCCAGGGAAAUUCAGUCGCCGAAUUAGCCUCUCAUGCAUGAAAACACAUUAUGAAGGGUUCACUUUGACAAGUGUCCGCAUGUAUCACGCGACAGCGUCGUCUCGACUGUUCUCCCUGAAAACCAGACAACUGUAUAAGAAGAAGUCCUUCGCCCCACUCUUUAGCUCACUCAACACAUCUGGACAACUUCAGCCGGCUGCGAGUCUCUGUCCAAAUGGCCUUCUAUGUCUGGGUGGUGUCCAGCUUUCUCCUCAAUAUGCUCAGCUUGGACCUGAUCACAGCCUUGCCCAAGCGUUCGCCACAAGAUCUUUGCAUCAAUGAGCCCUUACUCAAGUUUGGACAUGCUAUCCCCGUCACUGUUGCACCAAAUUCAUACGAAUGCAGCAUUGUUUGCGCUGCAGCCCAAAGUCCUAGCAGAAAAUCCCCCUCCAACGACGAUGUCGAUCAACGCACAGUUGGCUAUCAGUCAAUCUACGGGACAUCUUGCUCUCCUGAUGCUACGCCCGGCUACGGCAGAGUUGGUAUCGAAUGGAACGAAUUGCAAAAUAUGAACCGAAAAUGUGUCUGUGUGAUUACAGUUGGCUUUCACAAGAUUUACCAGAAAAGCCGUUGGAACUGGCUACCUUGCGGGCUACAAGACCUUGGGGGUAGACUUGAACAGGGUUUGAACGACUUGACUUGGCAAAUUUUUCAGCAACUCGGUGACGACAGUGCUCGAGUAUGGCAUUACCUACCGACCGAGAAUCAGGGCACUUUCAACACGACUUGCUGAGAUAUAUGUCUGAUCACCCAAGCAUUCAAUGGGUACUUUUCCUAUUGGAUUUCCUACAAUACCGCUUUACAUAGGCCUUGCCUAUCAGAUACAUUACUAAUCACAAUUCAAUCUUUCAGUUGAU